UCUGAAUCUUUCAGAAGAGGAGAUUAAUGGAAGCACCAUCUAUCUUAGGCUAGCUGCAUCAGAAUUUUUAGAUGCUGUCCAAGAUCAUCAAAAUGGGAGCAAGAAAUCUGGGAAGCUCAAAGUUAUCUUACCUGUCACAGUGGCUGCUUUGCUUCUAAUACUGGCAAGCAUCUUUACCUACAUUUAUUACAGGAGGAGAAACAUCAGAAAAGAAGAAAUUGUAGAUAACAAUCAAGUGAUGCCACAAUCGGGUGACAAUGACAUAGAAGCAAACUACUUGGUAGAAGAGCAUGAUGAGAAACACAUAGAUGUUCCAUUCUUUAGUUUUGAAAGCAUAUUAGCUGCAACAGACAACUUCUCGAAACAAAAUAAGCUGGGACAAGGAGGGUUUGGGCCUGUUUAUAAGGGUGAAUUUCAGGGAGGACAAGAAAUAGCAGUGAAAAGGUUGUCGAGUGAAUCCACACAAGGCAUCAAUGAAUUUAAAAAUGAAGUCGAGCUAAUUGCAAAGCUUCAACAUCGAAAUCUAGUUCGACUUUUGGGCUACUGCAUCAAGGGAAAAGAACAGAUUUUGCUCUAUGAAUACAUGCAAAACAAGAGCCUAGACACCUUCAUCUUUGAUGAAGAACGAAGCGCGGUGUUAGAUUGGGAGAAGCGGUUUGAAAUCAUCCGUGGAAUUGCUCGAGGACUUAUGUAUCUACACCAUGACUCAAGAUUACGAAUCAUUCAUAGAGAUAUGAAGACAAGUAACAUCCUGUUAGAUGAAGAAAUGAACCCAAGAAUUUCAGACUUCGGCUUGGCAAGAAUAGUUGAAGGAAAAAGAACAGAGGCAAUCAAUACCAACAGAGUUGCUGGAACAUACGGCUAUAUGUCUCCCGAGUAUGCAUUGGACGGACUGUUCUCAACUAAGUCAGAUGUCUUUAGUUUCGGGGUUGUGAUGCUCGAGAUCAUCACCGGGAGGAGAAGCUCUGGUUUUUAUGACCAUGAUGGAUCUUCAAAUCUAUUAGGCUAUGCGUGGAGAUUGUGGAAUGAAGGGAAAAUAAGAGAGUUAGUGCAGAAGUCGCUGCUGCCAAUAGAAGCAAAGCAUGAAAGUGAAGUUUUCAAGUGUAUAAACGUGGGGCUAUUGUGUGUACAAGAACAGGCAGGAGAUCGUCCUAGCAUGCCAAAUGCACUUGUUAUGAUGCUUAGCACUGAAAGCACCAACCUUCCCAGACCUAAUCAACCGGCUUUUAUAACUCGGACUGGCAUGUCUCCUGCAACCUCUACUUCUGCUUCAUCUGGUUUGCCGCAAAACACGCAUUCCAGGAAUGAAUUGUCUGUAACAGUAUUUGAGGGCAGAUUGUAUGUCAUCUUCAAUUCUCCAAUCUCCCUUGGAGAUGACACCCUCACUGUAAACGAUAAUCUAAGUCUAACAACCACCAUUGUCUCUUCUAAUGGAAGAUUUGAGAUGGGGUUCUUCACGCCGGGCAAGACUGCCAACUACUACGCAGGCAUUUGGUACAAUCAGAUUGAACCCCAAACCGUGAUUUGGGUGGCAAACAGGGACACUCCAAUCUCCUUCGUGGAUAUGGCCUCCACCACCUUAAAAAUCUCGGACGGAAACCUCGUACUAGUUAACGUCACAGGCGGGUUACUUUGGUCCACAAAUGCCGCCACCUCCGGCGGCUCCAAGAAUUCUCUCCGGGCAACUCUUCUCAACACCGGAAAUUUGGUCCUGAUUGAUGGCAAUAGUACUGAUGAGGCUCAACCCCUUUGGCAAAGCUUUGAUCACCCAACUGACACCACCAUGGCCGGCGCCAAAUUCGGAUACAACAAGCUCACCGGUGAAAAGCAAACCCUCCGGUCAUGGAAGAGCCCGGAGGAUCCUUCUCCUGGGCUAUACUCCUUGGCGAUGGACCCACAGAUUUGGCAGUUUGCUGCCACGUGGAACGGGACGGACCGGUACUGGACCAGUGGGCCCGCCAACGGGAGUCUAUUCAAAUUGGUCCCGGAGAUGAGGCCCAAUCCCAUAUAUAACUUCACCUUCGUCAACAAUGCCAACCAGACUUUCUUUGUCUAUGAAUUCUUCAACCCCGAUGCAGUCAUAUCAAGAUUUGUACUGGAUAUCUCCGGGCAACUCCGGCACUACACGUGGCUGGAUAGUAGCAAGGCGUGGAACAUCUUGUUUCUUAAGCCGGAGAAGCAGUGUGAUGUUCCCGCUGUUUGCGGGCCGUUUGGUAUGUGCAAUGAUAACUCCACUUCCUUAUGUGAUUGUUUGCCCGGAUUCCGGCGUAAAUCGGACAAAGAUUGGGGGUUGAAGGUUUUUUCCGGUGGAUGCGUGAGAAAAGCGGAUUUGCAGUGUGGUAAUGCCACCGGAACUGCUAAUUCCCAGGAGGACAGGUUUAGGAUGAUAACGAAUACGAGAUUACCUAGACAUCCUCGAAACGUGACAGUUGGGAGCACAACCGAAUGUGAAUCAGCAUGUCUAAGGAAUUGCUCUUGUAAUGCCUAUGCUUAUGAUGAUAGAAAUGGUGGUUGUUCGCACUGGGAUGGAGAGCUUCUGAAUCUGUAUGAAGACAACAGUAAUGGAAGCACGAUCUAUAUCAGACUUGCUGCGUCUGAAUUUUUUGUCCAGGGCCAGAGUCAAGUUCAGCAUUUGAUGGCUAGGGAUUAUUGGGCAGAGGCCUUAAGGGUCAAGUCCAGGUACUCUGAUCUGUUUCUAGAAAAUUGUCUCCUUCUCAUUUCAACAGAUCAAAAUCAAAACAAGGUAUCUGCAGGGAAGCUGAAAGUUAUAAUACCUGUCACGGUGGCUUCUUUGCUUCUAGUGGCAUGCAUCUUUACCUACAUUUGUUACACAAGGAGAAAAGGUAAAAUAGAAGGCAUGGAAUACUUGAUGAGUGAAGAAGUUCACGAUGAGAGACGCAUUGAUGUUCCAUUCUUUAGUUUUGAAAGCAUAUUAGUUGCUACGGACAAUUUUUCAGAUGAAAAUAAACUUGGACGCGGAGGAUUUGGACCUGUUUAUAAGGGUGAAUUUCAAGAUGGAAAAGAAAUAGCAGUAAAAAGGUUGUCAAGUGAAUCCUCACAAGGCAUCAAUGAAUUCAAAAAUGAAGUUGAGCUUAUUGCAAGGCUUCAACAUCGGAAUCUAGUUCGACUUUUGGGCUACUGCAUCAAGGGAAAAGAAAAGAUUUUGCUCUAUGAAUACAUGCAACACAAGAGCCUAGACACCUUUAUCUUUGAUCAAGAACGAAGCGUGCUAUUAGAUUGGGAGAAUCGAUUUGACAUCAUCUUGGGAAUUGCUCGAGGUCUUAUGUAUCUGCACCACGAUUCAAGGUUACGGAUUAUUCAUAGAGAUAUGAAGACAAGUAACAUUCUGUUAGAUUCAGAGAUGAACCCAAAAAUUUCAGAUUUUGGCUUGGCAAGAAUACUUGAAGGGAGAAAAACAGAAGCAGUCAAUACCAUCAGAGUUGCUGGAACGUAUGGUUACAUGUCGCCUGAAUAUGCAUCCGAUGGACUCUUUUCGAUUAAGUCAGAUGUCUUCAGUUUCGGCGUUAUCAUGCUCGAGAUCAUCACUGGGAGGAGAAGCUCCGGUUUUUAUCACCCUGAUGGAUCUGCAAAUCUAUUAGCCUAUGCAUGGAAAUUAUGGAACGAAGGACAAACAAGAGAGUUUGUGCACGAAUCUCUGAUUCCACUUGAACCAAAACACGAAAGAGAAGUGUUAAAGUGCAUACACAUCAGCCUCUUAUGUGUACAAGAACGUCCUGAAGAUCGUCCUAGGAUGCCUACUGUACUUACCAUGCUUAACAACGAAACCUGCGAGAGCCUUUCAAGACCUAAUCAACCAGCUUUUGUUCCGCGAACAAGCAUGCCCUCUACUACCUCUACAUCUUCUUCUUCCUCUGGUUUGCCGCACUCAAAUAAUGAGGUCACACUUACCGUGCUUGAAGGCAGAUAG